AUGGGGCGGGCGCUGGUGAGGGAAUGCCAAAAGCGUGGGGAUCGAGGGAAGACGCAGAAGGAGAGGCGUCGGGGCCUGCAGGGACGGGGCCUGCAGGGACGGGGCCUGCAGGGACGGGGCCUGCAGGGACGGGGCCUGCAGGGACGGGGCCUGCAGGGACGGGGCCUGCAGGGACGGGGCCAGCAGGGACGGGGCCUGCAGGGACGGGGCUCUGCAGGGACGGGGCCUGCAGGGACGGGGCCUGCAGGGACGGGGCCUGCAGGGACGGGGCCUGCAGUGACGGGGCCGGCAGGGACGGGGCCUGCAGGGACGGGGCCUGCAGGGACGGGGCCGGCAGGGACGGGGCCUGCAGGGACGGGGCCUGCAGGGACGGGGCGAGCGUAUCCGCCGCUGCCGCCGCCGCCGCCACGCGCGUCCGCGCGCCGGAACCCGGCGGACACUCGACGGGAGCGAGCGAUGGAACCCGACGGCGCCGGGCCCGCCGCGGCCGUCCCCGAGGAGGACCCCGCCGCGGCCCUCCCCGCCGAGUGGCCGCGCAAGCGGGACGGCCGCCCCGCCGAGGACGAGGAGGAGGAGGAGGAGGAGGCGGCGCGGAGGAGGAGGAAGGAGAAGGACGUGAGCGCGGCCGAGGCUGGCACGGCGAUGCCACAGAAUCGAAGCCAGGCGACUGGAUUGAGCAGGAAAAAGUCCAAGGCUUCGGGGAAGAUGAGGCUCGUGCGGAGCAUGGCGGUGUGCGAGGAGUCUCCGCCGGCCUGCAGCCCCGGCGACGGACCUCACGAGAGCAUCGAGGAGCCUCAAGCGAGAGUCGCCAGCUCGCUGAGUGUCGAGGAGGAGGAGGAGGAGGAGCCGACGCCCGCGAGGGAGGAGGAGGCCAGCGUUGAAAAUGAGAAACUGGGUUUGGAUGGCAAGGCGACGAAGUUGCUCUCCCGCGACUCGAGCCAGGACUACACGGACUCGACGGGGAUCGAUGUUCACGAGUUCCUGGUGAACACGCUCAAGAGCAGCCCGAGGGACAGAAUCAUGUUGCUGAAGCUGGAGCAGGAGCUGAUUGACUUCAUUCACGAUGCGACCCAGUACAAGAAGUUCCCGCAGAUGACGUCGUACCACCGCAUGCUGGUGCACCGCGUGGCCGCGUACUUCGGCAUGGACCACAACGUGGACCAGACGGGGAAGGCCGUCGUGGUCAACAAGACGCCCGGCACGCGCAUUCCGGAGCAGGCGUUUAACGAGCACUUCACGGAGGAGGGCCCCAGCGCGGAGGCCCCCAAGCGCAUGGUGCCGAAGCGCGACGGGGACGGCGCGGAGCAGGAGGAGAGGAAGCAGCCCUCGGCUCCGGAAUAUCGUCUCGCGGAGAUCAGGAUCCAAGAGCCGUCGCCUUUAUCCAGCACGCAGAAGCGGAGGCAGAUGUUCCGGAGCCACCGAGACGGCAGCGGCGGUGGCGGCAGCAGCAGCGGCGAAGGCGGCGGCCUGGGCGGCUCGGGCAGCUGGCAGAGCAGUACGGAGACGGAUUGCGGCGGCGGCGGCGGCGGCGGCAGCGGCACCCCACCUCGCCGCUGGGGGCCUCGGCCGUGGAGCAGUACCGACUCGGAGAGCUCGCACGCCGGGCCGGCGCCGGCCCGCCGGCCCGCCGUCGUCAAGGCCAGCAGCUUCAGCGGCAUCUCCGCCGUGCUGAUGCGCGGAGACAGCCACGGGGGUCUGGCCAACGCGGGCUCGGACUCGCCGAGCAGCGUGGGGACGUCCCCCACGGCGUGCCCAGCUCGGACUCGGCACGGGCAGCAGCAGCAGCAGCCACGUAGGUCACCCGCCGCAGCCGCCGUGCCCUCGUACUCCGCCACCGUCGCAGCGGCGGCGGCAGCAGCCCAGGUCUUCCCGGCGGGCCCCAGCUACUGCCUGCUGCCACUCGAGAGCAUGGGCAUCCCUCCUGGGAGCAUCCUCGUCAAUCCGCAGACCGGCCAACCGUUCCUGAACCCCGACGGUACCCCAGCGGUUUACAAUCCCCCGGCCGUGCAGCAGCAAGCCAGGGGUCAGCUGUCUGAGUCGUCACAGCUGAUCCUUGCCACAGCUCACCAUCAGCCUCAGGGCAACCAUCACCACCACCACCACAUGUCACUGAGUCACGGCCAAGCGUCUUCUCCAACGUCGGCUCAGCACCCUUACUCUCAGCACGUGGUGUCCUUCUCCCCUCCGCAGCAGUACAGCGUGGACGAACUGGGCCUGCACUUUGGCCACGUCGCCCUGAGCCACCACUCCACUGCCGGCGAAAUCCCAGAGUCCGCGGCUGCCCCCUACCCACCUCCCAUAAUGCACCAGCAGCAGCAGCAGCAGCAGCUCCCGACGGGCUACGGAGCGUCGCCGUCGGCGGGGCCGCCCGUGACCCCCAACGGCUACGGCGGCGCCGGUUCGUCCUACCCGGCCGUGGCGCAACCGCAGGUGUACGCGCUGCAGCAGCAGCAGCAGCAGCACCAGCAGCAGCACCAGCAGCAGAUUCCCGUCUUCGUCUACGCCCCUGGGCAGCUCGGCCUCGUGGGGCAGCAGUCGUGCCGCCCCGCGACCCCCACGCAGUUCGGAGGGCAGCGAGGGCAGCAGCAUCCGUCGCAGACACACGGUUUCCAGGGUCCCCCUCCUCCGAGCCAGCAGCAGUUUCAAGGCGUGACGAGCGUCCACCAACAAUCCGCGGGCGCCCAGCACGGCAACGACGGCGCCCAGCUGCAGGGCUUGCUGCUCCAGUACCCCGCAGCGGCGGUGCCGUCGUACCAGGUCCCUUACCAGCUUCAGGCCGCUUCGCACUCCCAGCACCACCACCACCACCUGCAGCACCACCACCAGCACCAGCAGCACCAGCAGCAGCACCAGCAGCAGCACCAGCAGCAGCACCAGCAGCAGCCCGCGCCCGCCCCGCGCGGCCCGUCCAGAGACGGCGGGCCCCACCCCGGCUCCUCGGACGACGCCGGCCGCGCGAUGCCGCUGUUCUGCAGCCUGGCGGCGGCGGCGGCGGCCGUGCCGGGGCACGGCGGAGCCCGGGCCCCGGCGGGCCUCCCGCAGGCCUGCCCGGGGACCGCGGGCUCCGGCGCGCCGCCGUCGGCGCCGUACGCCGCCGGCGUCCCUCUGCCCGGCGGCUGCAGGGCCAACUACACGACGGCCGUGUGUGUGCCGUGGACUCAGCUCAGAUACUGA